UUAAGAUUAGGGUUUUUCCCCUACGUUCUCACCUAUAUAUAGUUAACAUCAUUUGGAAAAUCAUUUCACGGCCGCUCUUCCAUCAUCUGAGAUCUUACCGCUCCAAUUCAGUAUGCAGUUUUCUGACCUGAUCGAAGGUCCAAUAACUGACCAGAUCGAGUGUCCAUCUGCUGACAGCAUACAUUGAUCUAUAUCAGGUAUGGGAAUGGAUCAUAGCAUGUUGACAGUUCAUAGGAGCGCAUCUAUCUUUCUAUCAGCAACUCGAUAGUGGGCCGUGCUUCACAGUUGAAGUUGUGCUAUACCUGGUGGUGGUUCAGAUUUCAAUUUGUUUUCUUAAUGGCAAAUACUGCUCCAUCAGGUAUGAUUGGUCAAAUUGUAAGAGUUGUUGAUCAGAUCAAAAGAUGCAAGAUCACGAGAACUAAAGAAGACUUUGAUAGAUGGGAGAAGUCCUUAAAUUCUUUUGAACUUUUGGGCAUGAAGGUCGGCUUUUUACGUGAUAAGGUACAUACACUUGCAACCCUUGUGUUUGUAUCCGUAGUUGCAGUGGAUAUAAAGCAGUAUCUUGAGGCAAGAAACGAACAUAAACGUGCUGAAGAUGAAAUCAAGAAAGUUGCAGCAAAGCUAAAGGAGUUGAAAGGAGAGGCUAUAAAGUUUGCUGGGAUUGCGGGUAGUUUGAAACACAAGGUUGAGAAGUAUGAACACAAAGGAGGAGGUUGAUAAACUGUGAGAGGGUAGGCAGACUCUAUCAAAAGAAAGUUAACACUGUUUUCUGCUUAUGAUAAACUGUAAUCUCUAGACCGUACAACUUAUGACCCUUGAACGGUAAUUACUGAAUUAGUAAUCCUUUAUUCAAUGAUAAGUAGUAGCUUUUAUACUUUUCUACCUUGA